CCACAGAUUUAUAAAUUCGUCAGUGCAGUUGCCGGGUCGUCGCUUUCUGAAAUUUUUAGUUUCUGAGUUGCGGUGAGCUUUGAGUGAACUUCCCAACGUUUGUAGCUUCAUUUCUGCAGCUUUUUAAUUGAAGUUCCAAGCCAUACCGAAAAUGCCAGAGCAAGAACAACAAGGACCAGCGGAAACCUUCGCGUUUCAGGCGGAAAUCGCCCAGUUGAUGAGUUUGAUCAUCAACACCUUCUACAGCAACAAAGAGAUCUUUCUGCGUGAAUUGAUUUCGAACGCUUCCGAUGCCUUGGACAAGAUUCGUUACCUCAGCCUUACCGAUCCCAAGCAGCUGGAAAGCGGGCAAGAGUUGAUGAUCAAAAUUACGCCCAACAAGAAUGAGAAGACGCUCACCAUCCGGGAUACCGGUAUCGGCAUGACUAAGGCUGAUUUGGUCAACAACUUGGGUACCAUCGCCAAGUCCGGGACGAAAGCCUUCAUGGAAGCCCUGCAGGCCGGUGCUGAUAUUUCCAUGAUUGGUCAGUUCGGUGUGGGUUUCUACUCUGCCUACCUGGUUGCCGAUAAGGUAGUGGUCCGCAGCAAGAACAACGACGAUGAAGGCUACAUUUGGGAAAGCAGUGCCGGUGGGUCUUUCACAGUGCGUACGGACAACGGCGAGCCGCUGGGCCGUGGAACGGAAAUUACGCUCUACCUGAAGGAAGACCAAAUUGAUUAUCUGGAGGAGAAGAAGCUGAAAGACGUGAUCAAGAAGCACAGCCAGUUCAUCGGGUACCCAAUUUACCUUGUGGUCGAGAAAGAACGCGACAAGGAGCUGGAGGAAGAACCAGAGGCGGAAGGCGAAAAGAAGGAAGAAGAGAAGAAGGAGGGCGAAGAAAAGAAAGAUGACGAUGAGCCCAAAGUCGAAGACGUUGAGGAUGACGAGGAAGGUAAAGACAAAAAGAAGAAGAAAAAGACCAUUAAGGAAAAGUACCACGAGGAUGAGCAGCUGAACAAGACUAAGCCUCUGUGGACUCGUAAUCCCGAGGACAUCAGCACAGAAGAGUAUGCAGAAUUCUAUAAGAGCCUUACCAAUGACUGGGAGGAUCAUCUGGCCGUGAAGCACUUCUCCGUGGAAGGCCAGCUGGAAUUCCGUGCCCUGUUGUUCAUUCCUCGUCGUGCUCCAUUUGAUCUUUUCGAGAACAAGAAGCAGAAGAACAACAUCAAGUUGUAUGUGCGCCGCGUUUUCAUCAUGGAGAACUGCGAAGAAAUCAUCCCCGACUAUCUCAACUUCAUUAAGGGUGUUGUGGACAGCGAAGAUCUCCCUCUGAAUAUCUCUCGUGAAAUGCUUCAGCAGAACAAGAUUCUCAAAGUUAUUCGUAAGAAUUUGGUGAAGAAGGCCCUCGAGUUGUUCGAUGAAGUGGCAGAGGAUAAAGAUCAGUAUAAGAAGUUUUACGAUCAGUUUGCCAAGAACAUCAAAUUGGGUAUUCAUGAAGAUCAUACCAACCGAAAGAAACUGGCUGACUUCCUCCGUUACUACACAUCUGCCAGCGGUGACGAGAUGGUUUCCUUCAAGGACUACAUUAGCCGCAUGAAGGAGAACCAGAAGGCCAUUUAUUACAUUACCGGCGAGAACAAGGAAGUAGUGGCUGGUUCUCCCUUCGUCGAACGCCUGCGAAAACGCGGCUUGGAGGUGAUAUACAUGACAGAUCCUAUUGACGAGUAUGCCGUCCAGCAGCUGAAGGAAAUCGACGGAAAGACUUUGGUAGCGGUCACUAAGGAGGGUUUGGAACUUCCGGGUGAUGAGGAUGAAAAGAAGACAUUCGAGGAGGCAAAAGCCAAGUUCGAAGGAUUGUGCAAGGUGAUGAAGGAUAUCCUGGAUAAAAAAGUUGAGAAGGUGACUGUCAGCAACCGUUUGGUCUCUACGCCUUGCUGUAUCGUUACAAGUCAGUAUGGUUGGUCGGCCAAUAUGGAGCGCAUCAUGAAAGCUCAGGCUCUGCGCGAUACUUCAACGAUGGGAUACAUGGCAGCCAAGAAACACCUUGAAAUCAACCCCGACCAUCCUAUCAUCGACUCAUUGCGCCAGAAGGCUGAUCAGGACAAGAAUGACAAGUCUGUGAAGGAUCUCGUUGUGCUUUUGUACGAAACGUCUUUGCUGAGCUCGGGCUUCUCGCUGGAAGAUCCGCAGACUCACGCCGGUCGUAUUUAUCGCAUGAUCAAGCUGGGGUUAGGUAUCGAUGAACAGGAGGGCGCUGGCGAUGCCGCUAAUGAAGCUGUCAACAUGGAUGACGUGCCGCCUCUGGAAGGAGACGACGAGGCCGGAAAGAUGGAGGAAGUUGAUUAAAAUCUUGUCUGACCGAAUGUAUGACAACUCUUUAUGUUUCGUUUCUUUUUGAUACAUACCAAAAAGGUUUGGCUGUUUUAUAGCACCAGUUUUGCGGUUAGUCAUUGUUAUGUAUAGGAUUAAGAUGCUUUUUGGCUUAUUUCGCGGAUGCAUUGAGAAUAAUGUUUGCUGUUUACUAGCGUAUCGGUUGAAAGAUACACUUGCUGUUGGAAAUUAAAACGCUAUGCAUUGCAAA